AAAUUAAGCUUCGGUUACUAAAUAGUGACUUGAACACAAAGGCUUCAACACUAAUAAGUACACUUUUGGUCAGCAUUUGUAAAUUUGCAAUAUACAGAAGGAGAACAUGAACACUUUGUUUCUUUAUUUUUCAUUGAUUCUUCUGGUUUUCCCAGCAAGAGAAACGGGUUUCGCCCAGGCGCAGGUGCACUAUAAGAGGUCGUUUACCCUUUACUCUUGUCCAUUGAGGUAUUUGGCAUCUUCCUCUAGCAACAGAGCCUGUUUAAGCAGUUCGAGCAGUUCGAACUUUCCGUAUGGACUCAGACAUACCUAUAUACAAAUAGGACAUAGAUGCCACGACUGGGGAGACUGGAAUUAUCCUAGGAAUAUCGAUUGCUCUCAUGCGGAUCUCCAUUGUUGCGUUGAAACAAGUCACCACGAAUUUACGGAAGAAACCUGGUGUGCUUAUAGAAUCCUUGAGUUCGAAGUUGCCUGGUGGAAUCAGAAUAGAAAUUAUAACAUAAUUUACAGGAAUUGUCAAAUAUAUUCCCGCAAGAUGGCCGAGUUCCUAAGGAAUUGCAACCUCAGUGAAGUAUUUCCACAAGAAACAGAAUCUGUGUAAAAGCAAAUUGAAUUUUUAAAGUUUAUCGCAGGCGUACAUGAGAGGAAUAUUUAAACUUAUACAGUAUGAAUUAACAUGAUUCCGGAGGCAUGUGCUUUAAAUAUUUUUGAUAAGUAUCAUUAGGCUUUUAUAUUAAUUUUGUAUCACAAGUAUACUCUCAAUAUAAAACUUUUGUUUUAAAAACUGAACUCUUUAGUACAGCGGUUACAUAUGUAAGCAUGUUCUAAUUGUAGUUAAUUUAUUUAGAUAAAAAACAUAGUUAAAAAGUUUAUGCUUUAAUACGAUCAUGCAAUGCUGCCUUUUCACUGACAAUACUGAAUAUUGCUUACUAUAAGGGGGACAACUCUAAAUUAAAAUACUGAUAUACGUAGCACAAUUAAUCUCCCUUUGAAAAACCAGUAAAUAUCACUCGGAAUUGCUGAAAAUACCUUUCCCGGACUUACAUCGAGUAUAAAAAAUGUUUAUUUGUAGGCAAAUCUAUCCAUUAAUACACUUGUUACUAAAUAUAGUAACAAAAUUGCCUAUGAUUUCAACUGAUUAUGAGUGUCACGUGACCUAUUAUGAGUUUGCGGCCCGGAGUCGAGAACUAGUUUUCAGCCCGCGGAACAUGUGCACGUGCACAUUCUGAAACAAUGACGUCAUAUUUUACGUCAUCAAACGGUUAACUGUAAAAGUGAAAGUAGGUUAUCAGCACGAAUCGCUUUAUUUUAUUAUGAGAGCUUAAGCGUAUUUCGUACAAACAAAUUUUUGUUAAUAUUGAAAUUUGAAGAAAUAAUACGACAAAUUCAUUCUGAAAAAAUAAAACUAAAACUUG